CAUCACUCUGGCUCUCCACCCAAAGCCACGGGCUGGACUCUGGGCCAACGAGGUGUGGCGGAGCUCAGCUGCGGAGGGAGGCAGCACACACAUCACCAAGCUCCAAGCUACGGGCUGAGCUCUGGGCUCUGAGCUCUGACUUGAGACUUGAGACGGGAGACAAGUGCCCACCAGUCCCAGGACCAGGACACAGACUCUUGAGCCCACAGAGGUCCUGGCCUGCCCGGCAACAGCCAGAGGCUUGGGGACUCUGGUGGAGCUGAGAAGGAGUGCUUACCCAACCCAGCACUGCAUCUAGCCUUCAGGUCCCUGAAGACUCCACUUCGGAGAGGACAAUCGUCCCAACUGCUCUCAGGCACUGUACAUCACAGACUUUAGGGGACUUUGUGGCCAGAAACCUGUGAUGAAGAUGUCCUUGUCCCCAGGAGGCAGGAGGUAGAGAAGUUCCCCGCAGGCUGUGGGGGAAUCCCACUGCCUGGUUCCCACCAUGAAGGAGCUUCCAGCGCUGUCUUGCCACUGGGUCUGGCUAUUCUGGUCCUUCUGUGGCUUCCAGGUGUGUGGCACGCAGCCCAGAGCCCAGGAGCAUCCAGGGUUUGAGGUCUUAGCCUCUGCUUCUCAUUACUGGCCGCUGGAAAAUGUGGAGGGGAUCCGGGAGCUUCAGGAUACAACUGGAGCGCUGCGAACCCUCAACCUCACUGUGCCUCUCUCCCACAAUGCUACCUUUGUCUUUACCAAUGACUCUGCCUACUCCAACUUGUCUGCGACCGUAGAUAUCAUGGAAGGGAAGGUGAACAAAAGUAUUUACCUCAAGGAGGAGAAGGGGGUGACGUUUCUCUACUACGGCAGGUACAAGUCAUCCUGUAUUAGCAACCCGGCCCAGUGUGGACCUGAGGGAGUGUCAUUUUCAUUCUUCUGGAAGACUCAAGGAGAACAGACCCGACCAGCCCCCUACGCUUAUGGGGGGCAGGUCGUCUCUGACGGGUUCAAAGUCUGCUUUAGUGGUGGAAAGGGCUCUGUGGAGCUGUACACACGAGAUAAUUCCAUGACGUGGAAGGCCACCUUCAACCCUCCGGGUCCUUACUGGACUCACGUCCUGUUCACAUGGAAAUCCAAGGAGGGCCUGAAGGUCUACGUCAACGGGACUCUGAGCACCUCGGACCCGAGUGGGAAAGUGUCUCACGCCUAUGGGGAUCCCCACAUCAACCUGGUCAUAGGGUGUGAGCACGACUGGACCAAGCGUUACGAGAACGGAGCUUUCGAUGAGUUCAUCAUCUGGGAACGUGCGCUGACUCCCUACGAGAUCAAGAUGUACUUCACAGCUGCCGUCGGUAAAUAUCCUCCGCUGUCUUCAACACCACCAGCGAUGCCUACAGCACACCCUGUGAUGCCCACAGAUGCCUACCACCCUAUCAUCACCAACCUGACUGAGGAGAGAAAACACUUCCAGAGACCCAGAACCGUGCUGAGAUACCUUCAAAACGUGUCCCUCAGCUUGCCCAAUAAAUCGCUCUCCGAGGAAACUGCGCUGAACCUCACAGAGACCUUCUUAAGAACUGUGGGCGAGGUGCUCCUACUGCCCAGCUGGAUUCACGUAUCAGAGGACAAUGCCGUGACGCUGGGCCUGGUUGACACCAUCGAUACCGUCAUGGGCCACAUAUCAUCCAACCUGCAGCCCAGAGAACCCCAUAUCUCCCUCACAGGCUCUUCCUCCAUGGCAGAAUUCUCGGUGGCCAAGGUCCUCCCACCAGCGCUGAGUGCCCCCCACUACAGAUUCCCAGCCCACGGGCACAGCUACAUUGAGAUUCCGAGAGAGGCCCUUCACAGCCAAGCCUGGACCACGAUUGUCGGCCUUCUCUACCACACCAUGCACUAUUACCUGAACAACAUCCCGCCAGCCAGCACAGAGAUUCCCGAGGCUGCGAACUGCAGAGACUGCCUGCUGUCUGUCGCCAGCCACCUGAUCUCCCUGGAGGUGUCCCCACCGCCCACUCUGUCCCAGAACCUAUCCGGCUCUCCUCUGAUCACUGUUCAUCUCAGACACAAACUGACUCAAAAGCAGUAUGUCGAUGCCACCAAUGAGAGCAACCGCCUCUUCCUGUAUUGUGCCUUCCUUAACUUCAGCUCCGGAGAAGGCGUCUGGUCCAGCCAGGGCUGUGCACUCACGGAAGGAAACCUCACCUACUCAGUGUGCCACUGCACACACCUCACCAACUUCGCCAUCCUCAUGCAAGUGGUCCCACUGAAGCUCACGCUCGGACACCAGGUGGCGCUGUCGUCCAUCAGUUACGUUGGCUGCUCUCUGUCCGUUCUCUGCCUGGCUGCCACACUGGUCACCUUCGCAGUACUGUCUUCCGUCAGCACCAUUCGGAACCAGCGUUACCACAUCCACGCCAACCUGUCCUUCGCCGUCCUGGUGGCCCAGGUCCUGCUGCUAAUCAGUUUCAGCAUGGAGCCUGGCACGGUCCCGUGCCAGGUGCUGGCUGUCCUCCUACAUUACUUCUUCCUGACUGCCUUUGCUUGGAUGCUGGUGGAGGGACUGCAUCUCUACAGUAUGGUGAUAAAAGUCUUCGGGUCAGAGGACAGCAAGCACCUCUACUACUAUGGGAUAGGCUGGGGUCUUCCCUCUGUUCGCUCUGCCCUUUGUUCGAUGUGAGGUGUUGACGUCACUUGGGCCUGUUCCUGUUUCUUCUCCCUCUCCGCCCUUCCUUCGAGUUAAGUGGGUAUUUUUCCUGUGUGGCGCUUUAAUGCUCUUAAUGAGUUCUCCCUGUAUUUUCUGGGUUGUUUUCUUUAGUGACUGCCCCUGUGCUUACUCUAUGCAUUUCAGCAUAUUAAAAUCUAUUUUAUGUUCUUGCUAAAUUACAGUGCGACACGGAAGCGUUGCUUUUAAGUGGUUCUAUUACUUUAUCCCCUUUUCUGUGAUUAUUGCUACACAUAUCACAACCGCGUGGGGGGCCACGGGCUAUGGGAUUACCUUUUCAACCUCCCCUCUCUGACAGUAGUGGAGUGAGGAGAUGGGGUGUCUCUGCGAGGUGUGUCCUGUUAUCCAUCGGACAGACGGACCACGCCCAGUCUUCUGCGGUUGUCCCUGCGAGUCUGAAUUGCCAUCUGGUCUCGUCACCAGGCUCCCACGCAGCUUUCCCUCUCUCCCUUCCCCUGCGUGCCUCAGAAGCUUAUUACAUUUCUAUUUGUUAUGGACCUAAUAAUGCAGCUCUAUAAAUGUCAUUUGAUAUUAUUGCUUUUUAACUCAAUUGAGAGAAAAGAAAAGAGGAGGGCACCCAACUCUACCACCGCUUAUAAUUUCAUAAGCUAUCGGUGUCUCGGGUGUAGGCUUCUGCGUCUCUCCACGUGUCCGCGUGUCCACGUGUCUGCGUGUGUAUCCGGGUAGGCUCUCGUGGGCGUGUCUCUGUGUGUGUGCACGUCUGUCUGUCUGUCUGGUGUGUGUAUGUGCAUCUUUGUGCCUGCACGGAUGCGCACGUCUGUGCACGCCAUUGCCAUGGAUGCCCCUAGCUCUCUUCCCUGAGUGCUACCUUCUCUUUCUGUAUCUGGUGAAGCCAGCUCUCUUACCACAUGCUCUUCUUGGUUGUUUACCAGACAAUGUCCGUCUCGCCUUCCUCUUAUGUCGUGGCUGUGCUGGACACUGAUGCCUUUCCUAAGGAAACCUUGUGUUCCCUCAUUGCCUCUGUCUCCACGGCUGGCCCUGAGGUCUGCUCUUCAUUCUCUCGUGUCCUGGAGCCGGAGGGCGGCUUUUCUCCUGUCUCAUUCAGCCUUUCCACUCCCUUUCAGCCUUUGCACUCAGUUGUGACCAGGCUGCCUCCCUCCCGAGCUUCCUGGCAUUCUUCCUGGUCCUUAUCAACUGUUGAAGCAGCCGUGGUGGCUUUAGACACCUGCUCUGCUCUCCUCCAUGACAGCCUCCAGUGUCGGCUAGAAGGGCCGUGGUGGCUGAGUUUCUCUGGGGACCCCGUUGGCUCCUGUUUCCUCUGAUCUCCACGUAGCACAGUCUGCGUGGUCUUAGAGCCCCCUGACUCUUCCUCCACUGCCUGGCCCCUGCCAGCUUCUCUAGUGAAGUUUUCGUUUCGAUGAUUAUAUUUCCGGGUUCCAGCAUGCCCAGUUGACCCAUGUGUCUCCUUUCAAAGAAUAGAACCUGCAUCUGCUACCUGAGACACUCUGCUGAUUGAUGGCUUUGGUUACUGCUUUUGGUGUCUUCAAUGGCGCUGGCCCCUCUCAGGCAGUUUCUCAGAUGCGUGGUCUUUUGUGGGGGCCGAACUGUCUGUGAUUUUGUAUGACUUAGGAUGAUAUAGUUUGGGGCUCUGAGCCUCCUCCCGUGGCUACCUGUUCACCAGCUCACUACUGGGUUACGUGGACUGUUGGAAGCUGGCCCUGGGCUGGCAUUUCCUAUCAGAGCGGAGGAACAGAGUAAGGACCAAACCCAGCUGGAAUCCCGCUGUUCUUCAGAGGGCUCUGGGAAGGGACAGUGGCCUCUGACCUGCAGAUUUCCACUCAACCCUGAAAGUCAGCUGAGGGAGGGCACAGAGGGCUAUAGAGAUAAACACGGUGUGGACUGGGAUUAGAGGGGAGGGUAGCACAGGUGUCAGUGGCCCCCCCUUAGAGUGGAGCCUUCUAAUGCACAGGUCAGGGCAAGGGAUUUUUGGCUCCUCUCUCUCCCUCCCCCAGGAAUACCCUGCAGGCCUGGGCUGAGGAGCUUGGGAAAGGUUGAGAGCCACACUCACAUCACCAGCCAGGAAUCAGGGAAGCCACUCAAGGGCCCCAAAGCCUCCCUAUUACAGCGAUUUUCUCCAUGUUCUUGAAUUCGUUUAUCUCUAUCGGCCGCUCACACUUAGGAAAGUUUACAGGGACUCUGAAAGUUUCCAAGAUUGAAGCCUCACCAUCACUCACAGUCCUCCUGGGCCAUGGCUGUGUCGACCUUUGCUCAUCAGGAGUCCCUGACAGCACAGGGGGCCACCCCCCAUUUUUCACAAUCAUUGUAAAACAUGGGCCAGACAUCAAAGACCCGCUGCUUUUUUUCCCCCCUGCCUUCCUUCAAAUAGGUUUAAUUUUCUCAGCCCUCAUUAUGCAAACAGCAGAUUAACUGUGUUUACCGUGUGCGCUUUGAGUUGGCAAAUGCCAUUUAUUUGAGGCUGAAGUGGAGGCGUUGACACUUGACACUUUCCCAGGGAUUCCCUGGAGACUAGGGCAGGGGAUGUGGGUGGGCAGCCACCUCAACUGCUGCAGGCCAUGCAGUUGGUUCCCACUGUCCCCAUGGUUCCCGGUCCGCCUCACCGCUCAGCCUGGGUGAUCCCACUGGUGCUUUCGUGUAUGCAUGACAGACACAUGGCUUCCGCUGCUCUUCAGCCCUUCAGUGAGGCUGAUCCAAGUGGGACCUGCUUCUUCAGUCCGACCCAAGUAGGAGGUGAUAGUUGCUGUGACUUCUGACUCCCGUUAGGAAAGAUCUAGACACUGAGACGGAUGGCUACCUGCAGUCUACUAGUUUCUUCAUGGAAAACAGGCCAUGAUGGAGAGGGGCAGGUGAUCAGGGCGGUUAGAGCGUGGAACGUGUGUGUGGGUUGGGCGUGUAAGUGGGUGUGGUGAGUGGGCAUGUGAGCGAGUGUGUGAGUGUGUAUGUAUGUGGGGGGAUGGGUGUGUGAGUGUGUAUAUGUGUGUGUGUGUGAAUAGGUGUGUGAGUGGGCAUGUGAGUGAAUGUGAGUGAGUGUGUAUGUGUUGUGUGUGUGUGUUUGUGAAGGGUGUGAGUGGGUGUGUGAGUGAGCGUGUGAGUGUGUGUGUAUGAGAGUGGGCAUGCGCUUCUGCUCUCUCCAACCUUGAGGAAUAUUUGACUUGAUUAGCCAACGUUGAAGAACAACAAGCUUUUUGCCAAUAUUAAAGCACAAAGGACGUUACCCACAAUGGCAAACUCCUUUUGAAAAACGAGGAGACGGGGUAUCCUGCUUCCCAGUGUGGUAGGCUCUGGCGUUUUCUGACGUCCACAUAUGUGGUCCUCACAGAACUCAGUCUGCAGCCCCGAUACAAGCUCUCUACGAAUAGAACGCCAGGCAGCUCUGACCUCCGCAGCCUUCAUCCAUCUUCCCAUCAUCCCGGCCUUAAUUAAUUUCGUCAGGAGCCCAUGAACUGUGCCUUUCAUCUUCUCCAGCCAGGGUUGGCUUCUGGCCUAAGUACAGUCCAUCUGCAGGCAGUGGGUUUUUAACACCUCAGUCCCCUAAUGAAGGAGCUGGAGCUGACACAGGAGACCUCACUGCAGGCAGAGAGCACGGGAAACAUAGCUCCUUUCCCUCAGGUCUCUCUCCAUCGGUUUCAGCAUGCACGGAAUUGAGGUGUUUAGAACUGUAAUGCUGUUUGGAAGCUGAGGUGGGGAGGAGGCAUGGAGUCGGUUACAGGUUUGGUGGCAGCCAUGACUGGAGCUGGGGACAGGGGUUUGCUAAAGCGAGAGGAACAGGUUGUAUCCCUGGGGAGAGGAGGGACUGGGGCGCCUGCAUUAUGAUGCAGCCAACUGGAAUUGAUGACCAACUCAGGGUAGAGAGAAGGCACGAGGUUUACUGCUCUCUAUUGAACUCGAUGGCUUCUGUGAAGUCCCCAUCAUCUAGGGUGAGACCCCAGUGAAGUCAAUCUGUUCCAGGCCCGCCUUCCUCUUCCUUUUUAUUUAGGAAGCCAGCUCAGCCUCUGGGUGGUGGUGGGGUUUAGUUAGGGUUAGCCGGGCAGGGUUAGGGUAGGGUUAGCCCUACCUUCCGUCAGGAUUACAUGUUGUCUUAGCUAUGGUUACCACGGCUGUGAUGAAACACCAGGACCAAAAAGCAGCGUGGGGAGGAAAGGGUUCAUUUCACUCACGGUUCCAUAGAACAGCAAAAGCAGUCAGGGCAGGAACUCAAGCAGGGCAGGAACCGGGAGGUGGGAGCUGAUGCAGAGGCCGUGGAGGGGCACUGUUUACCGGCUGCUUCCCCUGCCUUGCUCAGCCUGCUUUGCUAUAGAACCCAGGACCACCAGCCCAGGGAUGGCGCCACCCAUAAUGCACUGGGCCUCCCGCCAUCAAUCACUAAUUAAGAAAAUGUCCUGCAGCCGUGUCUUAUGGAGGCAUUUUCUCAAUUGAGGUUCCCUCCUCUCUGAUGUCAGACUGGGUCAGGUUGACCUAAAACCAGCCAGUACAAAUGUCAAGUGCUGAUUUCAUGUUUGUGAGACCCGCCUAACCGUGGAACAGUGUCAGUAAGAGGUUAAGAGCCCAGAGCCCAGAGUGGAGAGGUCACCACCUGGAGCCAGUGCGUGGGAAUCCAGUAAGUCCAAAAGAAGCACACACGACUGUCCCCUGGCACUCAGAACAAAGUCCCAAGAGUCUCACGGUACACACUUUCCACAGGAAAUACGGGAAGGUGGCAUCAGUGGUUCCCAUGGGAGGUCCCCAACUCCUCUCUUGCUUCUGGCCAGCACUCUCCUGCAGUAGUUCCCCAAAUAUGUCUGCCACUUCCAUUGGGGUCUCAGGAGGCCAGAGCUAUCUAUAGGACAGCAAUAGGCUGGGGCCUCUGAAGGGUUACCACGUCCCAAGAGGAGUACACUUGACCCAGAGAGAAUAUGUCUGUGGUGGGAGGGCCAGGAUUCCGGAAGAGUGAUACCGUUUGCUGGGGUUUGGGGACGACAGCUUCAUAUGAGACGUUGGUAGGAAUAGGGGAGGAAUCUGAGCAUGCAGGAUGCUGGUUAUGACGGGAUCAGCGUCACACACAGGGCGUGCUGUUCACACGCAUCUUGUGUGCUGGCCCCCCCCCCCAGCAAUGGCAUCAUGCGAGCAUUUCACAGUCUCCAGUCCAUAACCAGGAUCCUGGAGGCCCAGAGAGGUCCAGUCAGCUCCCUGGGAUUGCACAGCAAGUCUGGUGUAUCCUCAGGAUACACCAGGGAGUUGGGUGUCAUUUGCGUUCACAGUCCUGCUUCUUCCCUUUGCUGUCUUUGUCUGUCUCCCCUCUCUUUGACUUUCUGCCAGUGAAUUCUUUUUUCUUCUUAAUCUCUGAUGGGCAGUAAUUUAGAUUCCCAAAGCAGAGCACAUGAAAUACGGGGGCGAGAGAUAGAAGUGGAUGAAGAAGCCCUUUUGAGUUUCUCACCUCUCUGCUCUAUGCUGUCCUCCCGUCUAUCCAUCCUCUUGCUGUCCUCCACAGUCAUUAUUUGAUGGCACAAACUCACAACCUGGUACCAGCCCCCCACUCCCACUGUACAAAGUAUCGGAGGCAACGUUGCCAUCUUGGGUGAACCGUGAGAGCUUGACUUAAGAGAUGUGCCUUCCAGAGCUGGGGGACUCCGUGACAACACACACCUCAGUGUCUUCUUGAUGCAUAAGGCCCUGGCUGCCUCCAGGAGAGAGCAGAGAGUCAUCGCUAGGAUUCCCAUGGAGAGUCGCCAUGGAGAAGUAGCUAUCCUAAUCCAGGGACACUUGCAGGGGAGGCUGAGGGUGACCCAGAUCCACAGCAAGGGCUGUUUCCCAUGUUGACUACCUGCCUUCAGAGACUCCCUGAUGUCUUGUGUAUCUAUCUGGCUUUAAACUGGUCUCAAGUGGGGAACUUCUUUAAAAGAUGAAACUAUCCAGGUAUGGUGGCACACUCCUUUAAUGCCAGCACUUGGGAGGCAGAGAGAGGCGGAUCUCUGAGUUUGAGGCCAGCCUGGUCUACAGAGCAUGUCCAAGGCAGCCAGGUCUUUGUUAGACAGAGAAACCCUGUCUCCGAAAAACAAAAAAAUAGGAAGAAGGAG